CACCUUUUUCCUUUCCCUUCCUAGAUUCAUACAUGGACAGUGAAAUCAAAUAAGAAAACUAACUAGAAUUUUUUUUAUAAACAUUCAGAAACAUUUAACCUAUAAUAAUCUGCUAUUAAAUAAAAAUGAUAAUAAAAUAAAAAUAAGUCUUUUCAUUCUGUUUUCUUCCUCUCUGCCCUCCCUAAAUAGAACAUAGAACAGGCCUAAUUUACUUUUUCUUGCAAAAGCAAAGUCUGAUUUCAUCUUUAUCCGGUGACCUUUCAACCUUUAUAAGAACCACUCAAAAUGAACACUGUGUAGCAUAAGAAAGUCAAAAAUUGGGAUACCUAACCAAAUGUUUUUGUUUUUCUACUCCAUUGUGUCUUCUUAUCCAAUUGAUUAAGGAACCUGUAGUCGGUGCUUUGACAAUUUAGCAUGCAUCAACACACGUCAUACACAACAAAACAUUUUUCUAAAUCUGAUCAAAUUCACAAAUAAACUAGAAACCAGCACAGAUAUAGUGGAAGUGCUUCUAAUAAAUUAUUUAUGACAAGAUGUAAUGAAAGAAAACUUUUUCUAAUAUACUAGAUUAUGUGUUUAAUAUUGGUAAUAAAGUUUGAUCAUGUGAAUCAACCAGAAGUCACGAAUCAGAUCAUUCUACUGUAUUACAAAAUUCAAAAAAUUUCUUGUAUAAUAUGAUUUAUGAUUUAUCCAGUGUGAUAUGGUCUAUUUUUAUUUGAAGUAUAUCCAAAGAUAUUAUGAGGUAUGAGAGGGAUAUUUUGUCACACAUAUCCUGAAUCUUCUAUAUAAGACAAUGUCUGAACCAGAAAGUUGUCUGCAAGAAAAAAUAAGAGGUGGAAACAAGAUGAAUCCAGGUGAUAUGUUUGGUCACAUAGGAUCCAUAGUUGGUUCCUUGAUGUUUGUUUGGGCCAUGUUUAAGCAAUUUUUCCCUUACCAAGUUGUGAACCAAAUUGAGAAACACUCCCAAAGAUUGGUGACUUAUGUGUACCCUUACAUCCAAAUCACAUUCCAUGAGUUCACGGGUGAGAGGCUGAUGCGGAGUGAGGCCUUUUCUGCCAUAGAGAACUACCUCAGCUCCAAGGCAUCAACACAAGCAAAGAGGCUCAAAGGUGACAUAGGGAAGAACAACCAGAGUCUUGUUCUCAGCAUGGAUGAUCAUGAAGAAGUUGGUGAUGAGUUCAAUGGUGUGAAGCUUUGGUGGGCCUCUGGGAAGCACAUUUCCAAGGCACAGUCCACAAUUUCCUUCCACCACCCUAUGUCAGAUGAGAGAAGAUACUACAAGCUCACUUUUCAUAAGAGAAACAGAGAUGUGAUCUUAGGGACAUAUCUUAACUAUGUUAUGCAAGAGGGUAAGGCCAUUAAGGUGAAAAACAGGCAAAGGAAGCUUUAUACCAACAGUGGUUCUUAUUGGAGCCAUGUGGUGUUUGAGCACCCUGCAACAUUUCAAACACUGGCUAUGGAUCCUGAGGAGAAGGAAAUGAUCAUUGAUGAUCUCAUCACAUUCAGCAAGUCAGGGGGGUUCUAUGCAAGGAUUGGGAGGGCAUGGAAGAGAGGGUACCUACUUUAUGGACCCCCAGGAACAGGCAAGUCCACAAUGAUUGCUGCUAUGGCAAAUUUGUUAGGAUAUGAUUUGUAUGAUCUUGAGUUGACUGCUGUGAAGGACAACACUGAAUUGAGGAAGCUUUUGAUUGAGACCUCAAGCAAGUCUAUAAUUGUGAUUGAGGACAUAGAUUGUUCACUUGAUUUGACUGGCCAAAGGAGGAAGAAAAAGGAAAAGGAAGAGGAAGAGCAAGAGAAGAAUCAUCCAGGGCAAAAACAACAAGAGAAAGACGUUAAAAGUAGCCAGAAAUUGGACCCAGCAUUGGUCAGGAAAGGGAGAAUGGACAAGCACAUAGAGUUAUCCUUCUGUGGCUUUGAGGCAUUCAAGUUGUUGGCUAAGAAUUAUCUUAACAUUGAUGCACACCAUCUGUUUGGCACAAUACAUGAACUGCUGAAGCAAAUCAAAAUUACCCCAGCUGAGGUUGCAGAACAUUUGAUGCCUAAAAGUGCUUCUGGGGAUGCAGAAAUUCACUUGAAAAGUCUGAUUCAAGCACUGGAAUUGACAAAGAUGCAAGAAAAAGUUGUUGUGCAUGGUCCUCAUUGGACUGAAAAUUAGUCAAAUAGUGUGGAUACUUUUCUCAAUAACUUAUAAUAAUACUUGGUGAAGUAUAUUUAAUACUGAGUGACAUCUUUAGAACAUUCAUGAGCUGAACUUUAAAAAAUUGUAGAACUGCUACACCUGUCGUUUGUGGCCUAAAACAUUGUUCUAUGGCCCAAUCUAAGUGGUACCUAAUUGAUGACCUAACUAAAUUUUCCAACAGACAUGUGCUGAUGAUUGGAAAUGCAUAGAAUAUGUAUGAAACUAGUGAUCUGAUAAA